AUGUUGCCUAGCAUUCUACUACUUACGCUUAUCUGGAUGAGUCGUCCUCUACUUGUUUGCGGAGUUAUCCCACCUUUCUUUACCCGCCAUGUGCCUAGAUCUCCAGACAACAACAAAGAUGAUAGCAUACGAAGAGUUUUAAGCACCUCCGACUCAGAGCAGAGAGAAAUCAAGAAAGAGAACACCAUGUCCCUCGAUAAAAGUUGGGAAAAUGCUAUAUUGUUUGCUUACAUGGCUGAGGAAGACUUGAAUUCUGAGCAAGGCAAUACCUCCAUUUCAGCUGGUAUAGAAAUAACGUGCACAGCAUGCUAUAUCAAAGGAGCAGUCACGACCAGAUUCGUCUCCGAGAAGGACUUCAACAUCAGCCGAGCUCUGGAUAAUGUAAAAGAUCAAGUCCAGAACGAGAUCUACAAUCUAAGGACCGAAGUUGCGAACUACACAAAGGAAUAUGUAGAUCGGGUAACAGAUAACCUGGACGAUGGGUUUGACAUGGAUGAUUUUGAUCCUCCAACCAUGGAUUUCGACCUCAGUAUUGAUCUUCCUGAGAUUCCAGAGUUUCGACUUGAAUUCCAAUUCGAUGGCUUAGAGUUGUACAUGCUAAUUAACACAGUAUUAUCUGCCGGAGCUACCUAUACCUUGAAUCUGUAUACCUCUGCUACACCUGCAGGGUUUGCAGUUCGUCAUAACCUGGAAGUUGGUGUCAUUCUUACUCUUGACCUCAUUGUGUCUGUAGAAGGUGAAAUUGACAUCAGUACCGGAUUUCAUCUAAAGCUAGAUGACGGGGUUAGGAUCGAACUUGGCAUUUUCUCUAAAGAGAUAGCAAAUAUGGUUAUCAAUGGUGGCGACUUUGAAUUUCUCCCAGUCACUGUAGAGAGUGCUGGUGUAGUGUUCAAAGCUGUCCUUCGCAUGGGGAUACAGGCGGGUUUUGAAAUAUCGUCAUCCGACGUAUCUAUUGCUGGAAAGGACAUUUUUCGUAUCGGAGCGGGCAUUGAAAUGGGUGUUUAUGCCAACAUUGCCGAGCUGAUCACCAAUAUCACCCUUUCCAUGGACGAGGACGACCGAUGUGAUCUUCGCGUCGAGGAAGCAUAUCGACUCGCUGUCGGAGCUGCUUCAGGAGCUUCGAUUGCCAUUGAAGAUCUCACAUGGGGACCAGCUGUUGAAACUGAAGUUCCUAUCUUUUAUACUACAUUGGCACAAGCUUGUGCCGUAGAAAGAAGCAGUGCCGUGGUAUCUGCAUCCCAGGAAACUUUGACAUCUGCUGCUCUCGUAAUAAGAGGUGAGGAUGGAGAUGAAACCGAGAUGGAGACAACUACGAUUUCUGAAGAAGCAACUUUCAUUGCUGUAGCAUGCGAGUCGGAGGGACUGGUUAACUGCCCAGCAUCCCUUCAGACAACGUCAAAGUAUACAACUACUCGAACACAUGUCACCAUAGUCCCGACCGACAGCGAAGCCUCUUUUCCUGAAUCGGUCAGAUCCACUUCUGUGAUACCAAUUCCGUUUGGAGAUUCUGCAAAGAAGUUAUUUACAACAUCAGGCAUUCCUGAAUCCUACGUUCCUCGGCCCUCGACGCAUUCGGCCACAACUAGCGCAACCGAUGAUGCUGAUGAUGGUAAUGAGAAUACAAGCUCAAACGAAAAGAGCGAGGGAUUGUCCGAUAGUGUUAUUAUCGGCCUGAGCGUCGGGCUUGGGGUGCCUUUUCUCUUCAGCGUACUUGCUUUCAUCUUGUCAGUGAACCCAGCGCAGUCUUCGUUUCCCGCUGAAACACCUUGA